UUUGUUUUGAGGCUGACCACGCCCUGUUUCACUAAUGGCAACUUCCUCUUCUUCUCCCCUAUCAUCUGAAGAUAUAUUUAACAAACAUUACCCACUCCUCUCCACCUCUCUCUGUGAUCCUGUCAGUGUAACCAGACUAUUGUAUGGAGAACUAGUAAUAACAGGACAGAUACUAAGCAAUGUUGAAUCAGCUAGUCCCUCCAUUAGUAAACAACGUGAGGAACUACUAAAGGGACUGAGAGAGGUCCUUGUUGGUAAUGACAACAACCUACAAACAUUUGCUAGUGUAUUGUGCAAGUUCACUGCUAAUGUUAAACUAGGAGAGGCUAUACACAAAGAUUAUGAUGAAUCUUUUCUUGAUGAGAAUGAAGUAACUUGGGAGACAAACGAAGGUGGUCGUAUACCUGUACCUAAAAGAAAGAGUGAUGACUUCACUUCAUUUCAUGAGCUCUACAUUAAAAUGUUUAAGAAACUGAGCGACACCAUCACAAGACAUGCUCCAGCAAUGGAAGACAUAAAGUCCUUCAUCGAAUGCUUCACCUCACAAUUAGAAGGCCAGCUGUUAGUAGCAGAGUCAAUCAACGAUCAGUUAUUACUGAUGAGAAGCAGCUCUAACCUAAUCGAUAUUGAGAUGCUCCAAGGACUAACGGAGCACCUCCAGUUACCCGAGGGAAGGGAAAUCAUUAGUGAGUACCAAGAAGCUAUGAUGAACUAUGCUAGUAGACUCCCAGUACGAGUUUGCGCCACUGAGAGUCUCAACACAAUUCUGAUGCCUCCUCCUCUUAAAUGUGAGAGUGCUACUUUUGCUUUUAAGUGGGACCCAGAGCAGAAGAAGUUGAAAGAUGCUGUGGAUAUAGUUUCAAAAUCAACCGGGAAACUCAUGAAGGUUUAUAAUCUUGAGAUGUCCAGCGAUGAGGUUCAUGUUAAUUGUGUGUUUCUUUACACGCUCAUGGGGGCAGCCAUAGCCACUGUCCAUGAUAAUAUUGAAGCUCUUAUUAGUGAUGGGAUUGUAAAGGUGACCAUUGGGUACCUGACCGUGUGGAAGAAACAAGUACAUGAUUUCCUGACUAAAGAGAGAGAGGAGCCACAACCAUCAGAGGCAACUCAAGAAGAAGGCCAAGACACUAGCAGUGCAUCCCUUGAUGAUGAAGACAGACCAAAAACGACUGCUGAGUUAGAGGACAUAGUGGAAAAACUGUCUGAAACUUUAAAAGAUAAGGAACAGGAAGUGGAAGAGUUGGCUGAUAUAUUGCAAAAGAUAAAAGAGGGCACCCCAUUGGAGAGAAAAGUCUCAGAAUUAAAGUUAUACUUGAAGCAAGAGAGAGAGAAAGAAAAGAGUUUGAGGGAUGAAAUAAAAGAAAUGGAGGAAGCACUGAAGGAUCCUGAAGCGUACGAAAAGAAAAGGUUGACUAACGAAUUGGAACGUCUGAAACGAGAGAAGAAACAGAAAGAAGACAAAUUGUUGGAGGAUGGUAAGAAAGAGAUAUCAGUAUUGAAAGAGAAGCUGAAAGAACUCGAGAAAGAAUUAGCAGAGAAAGAGGAGGAGAACAAGAGCUUGACUGAAAACUUGAAAGCUCUUCAGUCUCAAUUGACAGAGACAAAGGCCAGUGAGGCUGAUGAUCCUCCUCAGCCAAUAGAAGAACCAACAAUACCAACUUCUCCUUCAUAAGUGUGACACUAUAGCUAACCCCUUCCUAUACAUUAUUUUUACUUUUUUUAUCAUGCACAACCACACGCACAAAAUUUUUGCUUUUGUAUUUUGCCUUUUGCAAUAUAAUGUAGUAGUUUUAGAAACUAAA